UUCAUUCAAGGUUGCACUGCCUUGCAACACCCCCUUUCCCCUUUUCAAUAACAAAAACAAACUCUUCCCAAAGCCUCCACGAUGCCUGCUGCAAAACACGAACAAGAUCUGGAGCCACAUCAAGUUAUCCAGCCCCUUUCUAAGCGAAGACGAACAGAUGAGGUUAUCGACUUAACGAACGACUCAAACGAGUACACGUACAAAGACCGUUCCGGAAUAAUAGACCUCACGAUGCAGGACGUCUCUGCCAGAGCUUUCGAUGAAGAAGAGGAAGUUGAUGAGGAGAUAAGAGAUAUACUAGCUCAGUUUGCUGCUCAAGACGAAAGUGAAAAGCUAGCGAGAGAACUCCAAGUGCUGGAGGAGGCUGGAACAUCCAACUCACAUGCCAGCGGCAAUGAACUUGGAACUGCUUGUGAGGAGAGCGAUGAGGCUCUUGCUAGAAGGUUAGCUGCGGAAUGGGAGGAAGAAGACGGGAUCGUCAUUCGGGAGGACGAUUCGGAAGAAAGCCAUUCGAUAUCGAACGAGCUCGAAAGAGAUACACCUUUUAGUGUCGAGAAACGAGCAGUCCACAGUGACACCGGCAAAGACGACCGAGAAUGCCCUGGAGAUGACCUUGAUCCUCUCUUCACGUCAGAACGCCCAUGCUCGAAAUGUGGAGCCACGGUUCCGUCGCCUCGCAGCUAUGUUGUAUUGAAAGGAGACGGUCCAAUUCCGCCUACACUAUCAUUUCUUUUACACGCUCCCUGCACCGCAUGCAAAACAAAUCACUGUCGAGGUUGUUUCCAAACCGUCAGCUGUACCGUCUCUUGUAAAGGAAAGCCUACCAAGAAAAGUAAAUCUACCACCAAAACAGCAUGCACGGUUCAUUCAUGCUGUGCCGAAGGUCGCGCUAUAGCUAUAUUCGAGCUACUGGGUGGCUUUGAUUGGAAGUACCUUGGGGAACAGGAGAUGUCAGCUACUCGUGUCCAGGAGGCAGCUUCUCGAGCGACGAAGUCAAGUCAAGAUAGUGUGGGUCCCGGAGGGACUGGAUAUAGCUCUGGAGGUUACGGAGGGGGAUAUAAUUCGCAGCGACAGCAAGGGGCACAAUCGACCGCCACCAAGCGUUCAGAAUCAGAAAGGCUUUCAGAACAUUGGGAUGAGAUCGUUUCACGAGCGUUCCAUAUUCUCAUUGAUCUUCUCCCGCGACAGUACGCAGACGAUGCAGAGAUCUAUGACAUGCUUCCCCAUUCGUCUAUAGGGAAUCUGAUUGCACUGUCAUGCGUUCCGGAGUACUUGGUCAGUUUACUGAGGAAUGACUCUGUUUCAGAUUGGAUCAAGCGCAAAGACGUUUAUUACGCCAUGCUCGCCCUUCUCCGACGACUUUCUGAAUGCGAGCUGACGGUACAAGUCCUCGUUAAACCCCGUCGGGAACAAAAGAAACCCCACGGGAUAACAAAGUUGAUGUGGCGCGAGGAGGAACUUGUCUGGAAACGCGACAGCGAGGGAAACAUCGAAAUGGCUCCCCCUCUGUUUGACUAUUUACGGAAGCUCACGAAGCAAUGUGAAAGCUUCCUGGCUAGCGCUUCGCAAGCACAGCUGCUGGAAAAUGGUAAUGGUGACGCCAGCGAAGAAGAUACGAUAUCAGCUGCUUCGCUUUGCGGUGAUAUUAUCGCUGUACGAGACGAUAUAGUACGCGCGAUGGGUGUACUUGGGAUCUCUCCAGAUGAAGGGGGGAACGGGAUGGGGAAAGGGAAAGGGAAGCAUGCUGAUCCUCGACAUGCUGUGGAAGAGGAAUAUAGGUUUACUUGCGAGAAGCUGGGUUUCAAACAUGUGGAGCUGGCUGCUUUCGCUGGUGGUGAUGGACGGCUACAGAAUAUCUAUUCGUAUGCUGCUCAGUUAUCUGAGAGUCAGACGGCGACAAGGGUACCCAAGGACCGUUUCCACCUCAUCAAGGAGCUGGCGACGAUGGCGACGAGUUUACCUGAAGGUAUAUUCGUGCGUGUGGACGAGACUAGGAAUGAUGCAAUAAAAGUCAUGAUUGCAGGUCCUACCUCGACGCCGUACGCUGGAGGAUUGUUUGAAUUCGACAUCUUCCUCCCAAUGACUUACCCGAACACGUCUCCUCUCGUCACACUAAGGACAACAGGAGGAGGUUCUGUUCGAUUCAACCCGAACCUAUACAAUAACGGCAAAGUCUGCCUUUCCUUGCUCGGUACUUGGUCUGGAAGUGUUGACGAACAGUGGAAACCCGGGAAAUCGACCCUACUUCAGGUCUUGGUGAGUAUCCAGAGUAUGAUCUUCGUAGAGGGCCCUUAUUUUAACGAGCCUGGAUAUGGAUCCGUCGACCUGAAGAAGCCGGCGAGCAUCAGCUACAAUAGGAACGUUGAAGCCCAAACAUCACGUUGGGCUAUUGUUGAUUGGCUUAAGGAUGAGCAUAAGGAUGGCUUGUGGGCGGAAGUCAUUGCUGCACAUUUUUUGAUAAGGAAAGACGAAAUUCGGGAACAACUACACAAAUGGACGUCGGAUAAUCCCUCUAUAAUGAGUUAUAGCUCGAGCAGGGUUGGUACGUUCACGCUUACAGCAUACUCAAAUUCUCCUACUGGGCCGAACUUGGGUACGGACUCGUCAAACGGAUUUCAGGUUGUGAAGUCGGGUUCACCAAAUGGGAGUGGCCCCAUGAGCGUGUCAAACGGAAGUCACGUCCCAACCCACAAUCUUAUAAGCACGACCGGUGUAAUAAACUUGAUACGGGGAUUUGACGAUGGGAUUAAGACAAUAGAACGUUGGGGUCUUUACUAGCGAGAGACACGCAUCCGC